CCAGGCUCCGGGGAGGCGCUCCUGCGCGGCCAGGUCAAGGCGCUCGUGCACAAGGUCGAGGAGGAGCAAGGAUGCACCCCCACGGCUCUCGUCAGGCCAGCGCGCAUCCAGGCGCUUCUUGCGGUCUCCAGGUCGCAGGCCCAGCUCGUCGUCGACCGCGACGAGAAGACCCCUGUUGGUGUAGCUCGCGUCCGCGUCCCAGGCGCCAAGGGAGCGAGUCCACAGGAGCACGGCGUGCUCAGCGAUGGCAAGCCUUCCUCCGCGUGGGUCUGCGUCCUCGGCGGGACCGCGAGGCCGAACGCUGGUUUCCCCACGGCGGCGUCGGGCUCGGCCUCCGGCACGGCGUCGAUCUCCGCCCGCGGAUGGAGUAUGCAUAGUCGAUUUAGAGAAACUGUUGGUUGCCCCACCCUUUAGAAAGGUAAAUGAACAGCUAAAUGACUCUUUAAAUGAAACAAUUUAACUAAGCUCUUGGAGAUCACGUGAAAAAAAGUUUGACUCUUGAAAAUUAGAGGCAUUUCGCUAUCCAAACAAACCAAAGUGAUAUAUAGAGAUUCUGGGGUGAUUCGUUUGGGGCGUCUGAUUGAUGUAAUAAGCAAGGAAAAACGUCUAAAUAACACGACCUUGUGACGUGCAGAGGGUAAGAGAAUUUUACCUUUUACAGAAUAAAAAAGAGAGGAUCAGGACAU